AUGACUUUGAAAAAAGUCCAGCAUACAGGCUUAACGAUUCGUCUAGUGGAAAGCCUCAUUGCAACUCCUGAAAACGCGGCGUUAUUGCUAUUUCCUGUUGGGAAAACGAUGCCUCAACCGACGACACGAGAGGAAGUACUAGACCGUUUUGAACUAUUAUGGCAGCUCCACAAGGUUGGCCUGGUUCACGGCAGUCCCCGCGUGCCAAAUGUGUCGUCUUCGAGAAAAGGCGUCUUUGGAUUGAUCUUGUGA